UUUUCAUUUCAUCAAAAAUAGAAGAUAUAUAAAUUCGUGUUGUUACUAUUGUCGAAGAAUUUAGUCGUUUUUUGUUCAUUGCGACGAGCGGUCAAUUAAAAUAAUUAAUUAUUUUGGUCGGCACACUUUCGUUCAAAUUUCAAAAUUCACUGAACUUUUUUUAUUUCCUGUGAUACGAAAAUGGCAGUUGCUACCUCUGUUCCUGAUAGUACGAGUGAAAUUAAGUUUGAACGUGUUAAAUUUCAAUAUUUGGCCGUUCUUUGUGCAAACAUAAUAGCUUUAAGUCAUGGCUCGGCAAUUGGAUGGCUCAGCCCUGCCCUACCGAUUUUACAAUCAAAAAAUUCUCCACUUGAAACUGGAGCAGCCACUUUAAGUGAAUCUUCAUGGAUCGGAUCAUCGUUUUCCAUUGGAUCAAUUUUAGGUAACUGCAUAUUCGCAUUGAUGGCUUACUAUAUUGGCCGGAAAAAGACAAUGUGUUGCCUAGCCUUUCCGAAUUUGAUAUUCUGGUUAUUCGUUAUGUUUGGAAAUCGUGUCUAUCAUCUGUACAUUGGCAGAAUAUUAGCUGGUAUGACCGGUGGUGGUAUGUACGUUUGUAUUCCUCUGUUCGUCGCAGAAAUCGCCCAUUCAAGUAUUAGGGGCUCGUUAGGAAGUUUAAUGAUGGUGAUUUGCUGCACUGGCAUAUUACUCGGUUAUACCGCUGGAGCAUUCAUCAGUUAUCAAAUUAUACCAUAUGUGUUUAUAGCAUUGCCCAUUAUUUUUCUGGCUACAUUCAUCUUCUUCCCAGAGACGCCACAGUUUCUGCUAAUAAAGAACGAUUUUUUGUCGGCCGAAAAAUCUCUCCGUUUUUAUGUCAACAAUCAGAGUACUUCGAAGCAGAAUUCGGCCUUAAUUCAGUCAGAGCUUGAAAACAUUCAAAAUUUUAUAACAAAAGAGCGGGAAGAAAAGCUCACGCGAAACAUUUUCAAUAUUUUGUUCACAGCAGCAGCUAUAAAAGCGAUAGUAAUAGGCCUCUGUCUUACUGUUGUUAGCUUAUGUAGUGGAUGUUUUGUCAUGAUCAGCUAUGCCGCAACAAUAUUUCGUGACUCGGGAUCAGACCUUGAUCCCAACUCGUGUACAAUGAUUGUUGGUGUCAUCCAAGUGCUGGGAGUUUAUACAUCGUCAAUAUUAGUGGAUCGCAUCGGUCGUAAAAUCCUAUUAAUUGCAUCGGCUUCGGGUGCUUCACUAUCGUUAGCUGCUUUGGGAACGUUUUCUUACUUAAGUACUCAUGACAUAGACUUGACCCGGUUCAAUUGGAUACCAUUGCUGGCGUUUUCGGUGUAUGUUUUCGUAACUAGCAUUGGAAUAGUACCAUUGCCAUUUAUUGUUCUUGCAGAAAUCAUUCCACAUAAGAUUCGUGAUGUGGGAACGACAAUCUGUAUGACAUCGAUAAGCGCUUUUGCAUUUAUCACAAUGAAAACAUUUCCGCCAUUAGUUAGCACGUUGGGACUGUACUCUGUUAUGUACAUGUAUUGCGGCGUUUGUGUAUUCGGCGUUAUUUUCGGUGUGUUUAUAUUGACAGAGACCAAAGGAAAAAAUUUGAAUAAAUUAGACGAAAAUUAAUUC